CGCAUGCGUUCUGCGGGGCCUGGGACCUAAUGUUUAGACAGCAAGCAACAAGACAAGUAGGGACAUGUUGUUGUUGUCCACAACAUGACAGAUAUUUCACGAAGUCGCGGGCGCAAACUUCACUCGAUAAUCGAGAAAUUGGCCCAGCAGUCUGGAUGUGUUGUUGCCAAUUCACGUAAAGAAGAAGAAGAGGAACCUAUUGAGAAAACAUCCUCUGAGCCCGAUGAGGAAAGUGAUCUUAAGACUCUUGAUGUCAAGGCAAUUCAAGCGUCGCUUAUCAAAAUAGAACUCCCAGAAGUAUGGAGUGCAAAAGAAGCCCUCUCUUCUCACAUAACAAAACCAUUAAAUCAUCAAGAUCCAAGAAAAUCUGUUACUUUAGGAGUCAAAAGUUCAAUGCUACUCAGAAGGUCACCACAUCAAUCAAUUUCCAAGAAAAGAGAAGAUGAGAGCAAAGAUUUGUAUGCUUGGUACCCAGGCUGUAACCAUAAGGGCAAUUAUUCAAAUGCUGACCAGCCCAUUAUACCUUUGCAGGAUACAGGAAUGGAAAGCGCAGUGGUCUCCCCGGCCAUGCCAUGUGACAGUGACCUGCAAGUUCUUGAUGUGAACAGUAUACAAAACUCCCUUAUCCAGAUACAAGUACCAGGGGGGUGGAAUGGAGAUGAUUCAAGUCCAUCAGUACCGACGACUAGACAUCAAGGUACAAGAAAAUCUGUUAUAAGAAGAAAAUCUCUCAACAAGAAAAAAAUAUAUGGCAUAUCAUCAUUAGGGCAUACCAAGUCAGCUAUUCAAGAAAACACAGUAAAAACCUCAACUGCUGAAGCUAAAGCACAAUCUUCUGAAUCUGAGGAGGAGUCGAAUGGUGAAGAUGACAAGCAGAAGAAUGCAGACCCUGACUUUGAGGACAUUGUGGACGAGGUGUUGCUGUACGACAAAGAAGCUUUUAAGGAAGCUGUCAUGCCGCCUUGCAAGAGCCGGCGCCGCAGCUGCAGACUAAAGACAAGAAGGAAAGAUGAUGGUGUUAAUAGUGAGCUAAGCGAUGAAGGCGAUCUUGAUAGAGUCCUAAAUGAUAAUGAUGAUAAUGCCACAGCGGACAGUUUUGAACUUAAAGAAAAGGCGAAAACCAAAACCAGGACGAUCCCCUGUAAGUUUUGCGACACGUUGUUCUACUGGCAAGCUCAACUUCGUUUCCAUGUGGAAGAUGAACACUCUGAGCUCGACUCCAGCCCUGAUGACCCCCAAGGAAAAAGGAACUUCUGCGACCACUGCGGCAAGGAAUUCCUCCUUAAAGAGGUGCUCAGGAUCCACAUCAACACAGAGGUCGCCAAACGGGAGCCUUCUCAUGAGACCAAAGAACACAAACUAAAUGGUCGACGCCACACGCGUCCAGUAAAGAAAUGCGGCAAAUGCAAUAAAAAGUUUCCAAGCCAAUAUCAGCUGACAAAACAUAGGUACGAUGUUCAUAGUCCAGAUACAUGGUACCCGUGCCAAAUGUGCCAGCGCAAGUUUAGCAGCAUCCACUACUUCAACCGGCACAGGGCUCUACAUAGCGAUAAACAGAACCCGGAGACGAAUAACAAGACGUUUCACUGUGACAAGUGUGGAAAAGGAUUUUUAACCCAAGGUUAUUUGCGAAAUCAUGGCAUUGUCCAUCGAGAGAAAUCCCACGGGUGCAGUUAUUGCAAUAAGAAGUUUACAAGCAAAAUAUUCCUCGACGCGCACACUAAGAGGCACGAGGCCAUGGUUCCUUACAAUUGCUCGCUGUGUGAGAAGUCUUUCGCGAAGAAGAGAUCUCUGAAAUCCCACAUGUAUUCACAUUCAACCGAAAAAGCUUUUAAAUGCGAGGUGUGUGGCAAAUGUUUCAAGCGUGAUUCCCACUUACACACUCACAAGUUCAUUCACGCUGAGAAGAAGCCCCAUAAGUGCGACACGUGCGGGAGAACAUUCAAUCAGAAAGUUUGCCUUCGCUUGCACCUGCCCUGUAGGGAACACGAGAGACGCCAGAAACGGGAAGAGGUGAGGAAACGAAGAGAGGAAGAACAAGAAAGGAAAGCGCUACGGGCGGCAGGAAGGAAAAUGAGAAAAUCCACGGACUCUGGUAAAACAAACAAGAAAGCUAAGAGGUCGCGUUCCUCUGAUGUACAAGCAUCAAUCAGUGCAUCUCCUGACAAAACUAAUGUUUCGGAUGAAUCAUUAAUUGCGGUUGUGGAAGCUGGGAAAUCAUCUAAGAAUAUUGAAGCAUCUGAAAUAUCUGCUGAUGUCUCAGAUAGUGCUUUCACGGGAAAGGUGACAUCUGAGAGAGUUUCAUCGCCAACUGGGAACCAGCGCACUGGUGAGUUAGAUGUUGCUCAAACGAAAACGAAGGGUUCUAGCAAACGUAGUAAGAAGACGAGGCUCUCGAAUAGGAUUGCAAAUUCGAAUGACACUCCGACGGAACAACCUUUGAACAUGAAGGAAGCGCACAGCAAAAAAUCCACAGCAACAAAAAAGGGUGCUAAAUCGAAGUCAAAGGCAACUAAAUCAAAGAGGGCCAAACAAACCUUUACCAACAAACGUAGUAAGUCGGUGAGUAAAGAGAAAGAACCUUCAGUGGACCAAGAAGACGGCCUUGAGGGACUCCGUAAAGAAGCAAUGGAAAUAGACCAUAACAUGAACUUAGAUGGCAAAGUGACAGUAGAAAACUCAGGUACGCUUGCGGUAGUUGAAUCAGGGGCUGUUGAGCGAAGUGAUGUGUCAAGUGUUAACAGUUGUAAUGCUUGUGACCCAGUGGUGGACACUCGAAGCAGUCGGGAGUUUGAUAUGUUUAGGGGUGCAAAUGUUACUGCUGCACCAGUCAUUUUAUGCAGCCAAAAUUCCAGGAAUACCACACUUACAACACCUUCGUCAAGCAAUGAAAGACAAGAUACGAAUGGAACACGUAAUCUUUGUGUUCGCAGCCAAAAUACACAAUCCAAGAAUGUCCCAAUUGGUGAGGAAAAAAAUGCUCUUAAUGGGACACAUAAUCUUGUUAUUCCCAGCCAGAAUGUACCAUCACACAACAUCCCAAUGGAUAAGAGAAGACAUGAUCAACAUGUAACACGUGACCUUGGUAUACCCAACCUGAACACACCAUCGCACAAAACCCUAAUGAAUAAGGAAAGUUGCGAUCGACAAGGAACACAUGAUAUUCGAAUUCCAAGACGUCCCGAUUUAUCACCGAACCCCCUAAUGGACGAUAGAAGACAUGAUCAACAUGAAUCGCAUGAUCUUUAUAAUUUACCAUGGCCAAACAUCCCAAGGAAGGAUAGAAGAUUUGAUCAUGAGAGAACACCCAAUCUCUUUAUCCCUAAUAGACACGCUACCAACAACUUCAAUAAAGACAUGGCUCCUUCGAAUAGUCUAAACAGCUAUACCUCCUAUGCCCAAGGGUCCUUAUCCGUAGGGGCUUAUUCGUGUGAUAACAUGCCCCAACUCUACCCAAAUCCCUGUGUGUAUUCGCCUAACUCGCUACAGGACUUUAUGCCUUACAACUUUACUGAAGGGCCUGGAAGGUAUCACAAUGAAGUAGGAUCUAUGGACAACGGGCCAAACCCUGUAACCUAUGGCAGCCAUGUGAUUGGCAGGCCAUAUAUAGAGGAUCAACAAGAGGAUCUAAGCAGAGCCUUAUUAUCUGCGAUGGACCCAGGGCACAUCGGGAACAUGGAGGGACAUGCAGUGUUUCACUCAAGCAGGUGACUGUACGCCCAGCAUUAUGCUGACUAGGUACCAUGGUCAUCACUAGAUAGUGGUUGCUAUGGUAACCACCAAGUAUCCAUAGUAACCACCAGAUGUCCAUAGUAACUAUUAGGUAGUUAUGGUAACCAUUAGGUAGCUAUGAUUACCACUAGGAAUCCAUAUUUGACAAAAGGUAUCCGGUGGCAAAAUGUCUGCGAACAUUACAAUAAUAUGCGUUGCGGAAUCUGCACUUGCGCUAAAAAAUCACGUGACUUUUUGUGUAGCAAACUCGCACGCGCUAAGGCUUUUAGCGGCAAAAUGACAACGACAAAAAGCAACUAAUUUAGCGCUUACGUAUAAGCUAAAAAGUUUCUUUGUCAGAAAGGGCUUAUUUUUAUUGAAAGAUUUCAUACAUGUGGUUCCCAUGGUAUAAACGGGCUCAGUCAUGUGUUUAUUUUGGCUUGAGUUUGCCACCCAAAAGGUCACGUGAUUAGUUCAAGUCGCCUUUUCUCAGCUUAAAGAUUGUUCUGUUAGUGAUAGAUUGAUAAUUAUAAUAAUAAAUGCAGACCAGGAGAAAAUGCAUUCUGCUAUUAUUUAUCUGCCAAAACCUUUUGGUGAUUAUCGUUGCAUUUCGUUCGGUAUCAAAGUAAUCUAUUUGAAGAUUUGUAAAUCCGAAAUAUGUAUUUAACAAUUAUUUCUCGAUCCCGACCGGCCCUGACUUAGAGACCGUGUGGGCGAGAGGAAUAAUUGAUUUAGUCAAAUCACACUUGUAGGUCAAUUUGUAUAGGCAAAACCAUUGCCCGGUUAGGUCAUUUGUCAAUUUUUUGGCUUUCAAAUCCGGCACUUUUUGCCUUCAAGGCGGUAACACGGGGUGGCUUGAUAAGGAAAUCGCCAGUAGGGCUUGGCUAGGGCCCCAAUAUUUAGUUAAUAUUCCUCUAUCGUCCCCCCUCCCCCAAUAUUUUAAGGCCUGGCCUGGUAUAGCUUUGGCCUAAUAGGGUAUAACAUACUAGUGGGUCAACCAAUCAGGAUGCAGCAUUGAUGAGUGUGAUUUGACUAAGAUUAUUUAUUGGGUGCGUGAGGUUGAUAUUCGAUAUUAAUAUUUUAUUACAAUAAAUUGUGAAUUUGAUUUGGCGUGUUGCCUCUGUGAUGCUGCGCAUAAAUGUAAAGUAUUUUGAGCUCGUUUUAUCCAUCUCUUAACUUAGGGUACCAGGUAAAUAAGCAAAUAAGCGUAAAUAAAAUACAAAUCCAAGUUACAAAA